AUGGAGCUGCUUUGUGUUCAAAGAGAAAUUGAAAUUGAUCUUAAGGAUGAACUUCAGGAGCUGGACAUUUUUGAUGACACCUUUGGUCUUGAGGAGAGUGAGACAAUCAGGAGAAAUGAAUUACGAGCAAAGAUUUUCCUUAAAUCCAAAGAAAAAUGGCUUGAUGUUGGGGGCUGCUGGAUCGAGGAUCCAAAGACCAUUAAGGAGAACGUCAAAACGUUCUUCGAGAAUCACUUCAAGAAGACGCCGCGCGUCCUACCUAUGAUACCGGUAGAUUUCACUGCUCGGAAAAUUUCUGCAGCAAAUAAUGCAGAGCUGAUCAAAACUUUUUCAGAAUCAGAAAUUAAAGAGGCCAUUUGGAGCUGUGACGGUGACAAGAGCCCGGGACCGGAUGGCUUUAACCUCAAGUUCUGGAAAGCGUCAUGGGAGAUUAUCAAGAAAGAUUUUUUAAAGGUUUUGGCGAAUAGGAUGAAACAGGUCAUGGAUUCAGUUAUUUCGGAUAAUCAGAGUGCCUUCAUUGGCGGCCGUUACAUCCUUGAUGGGGUCGUGGUUCUAAAUGAAGCAAUCGCGGAGGCUACUAAGAAGAGAAAAGGGAGGAUUAUCUUCAAGGGGGAUCCGCUUUCCCCGUUUCUCUUUCUUAUUGCAGCGGAGGGGCUCCACUCUUUGAUCACGAGAGCUAUUGAGAAGGAGCUGAUUAAGCCGGUAAAGGUAGGAAAUGAUUACAUUUCAAUUCCGCACCUCCAAUACGCUGAUGACACGGUCUUCUUGAUGGAGGAUGAUGAAAGAAAUGCAGUGGCAGUUAAAAGGAUUCUCAGAGUGUUCCAGCUACUGUCAGGGCUUGCCGUGAAUUUCAAAAAAUGUUGUCUCUUCGGAGUUGGGGUCGAGGAGGAUAAGAUCGAGAUGAUGGCGGCUAUUUUGGGUUGUGAUGUAGGCUCCUUACCUUUCAAUUACCUCGGUAUUAAAGUGGGUAGCAAGGGCAAAAAGGUUGCUGAUUGGAAAUACUUGGUUGAGAAGGUGAGAAAGAAAAUCGAUUCGUGGAAAAAUGGGAAGUUCUCUCUCGCUGGCCGUGUGACCUUGGUGAAGGCUGUGCUUCAAUCUAUACCGAUUUACCAGCUCUCUUUUACCUGUUUACCAAAAUCAAUUGUAGAGAAGAGAGCUGUUUGA